CAGAUGAAUCGGAAGGUUUGGAGAUGUGGUUAUGAAGUGAGAGGAGAGCGUACAUGAGGAAAGAAAUGCCCAGCUCUGCUGUACGGUUGAACAUUGGUGUCUUUCCUCACGUAAAGGAAGAACCAUGCUGAAAUAAGAGAGGAUGCUUUGGUCUGAAUAUGGUAUCCAGUUUUCGUGUUUCUGAACUACAAGUGUUGCUGGGAUUUGCUGGACGUAAUAAAAGUGGGCGGAAACAUGACCUCCUGAUGAGGGCACUGCAGUUACUGAAGAGUGGCUGCAGCCUGGCAGUUCAGCUAAAAAUACGAGAACUCUAUAGGUGUCGGUAUCCAACGCUGACUGAAGGACAUUCAGAUUUACCAUCUAUAAAAUCUGUGACUUUCACUUUUGAAAGUAAUUCCUCUUCUGUCGAGCCUGAAGUGGCUGUUGCUAGUGCUCACCCCAUCCCUUCUACUUCAGUCAUGGCUCAGUCUUCUUCCUCACCUAUCAGUUCUGUCAUUCUCCAAGACAGUAAACCACGCUUUGAGAGGCAGCAGCCAUCCCCUCCGAUUCCACCUGUUCAUCCUGAUGUUCAACUGAAAAGCCUACCUUUUUAUGAUGUACUUGAUGUGCUCAUAAAACCUACAAGUCUAGUGCAGAACAGUAUUCAAAGGUUCCAAGAGAAGUUUUUUAUCUUUGCGUUAACACCUCAGCAGGUCAGAGAAAUCUGUAUUUCCAGGGACUUCUUGCCAGGGGGCAGGAGAGAUUACACAGUCCAAGUUCAGCUAAGGUUAUGCCUAGCAGAGACAAGCUGCCCUCAAGAAGAUAAUUUCCCUAAUAGUUUAUGUAUCAAAGUAAAUGGGAAACUGUUUCCAUUGCCGGGAUAUGCUCCACCACCAAAAAAUGGAAUUGAACAGAAGAGACCUGGGCGCCCCUUGAAUAUAACAUCUGUAGUUAGGUUGUCAUCAGCAGUGCCAAACCAGAUUUCCAUUUCCUGGGCUUCUGAAAUUGGAAAGAGCUACUCCAUGUCUGUGUAUCUCGUUCGUCAGCUCACUUCAGCUAUGCUUUUGCAGAGGUUAAAAAUGAAAGGUAUCAGAAACCCUGAUCACUCCAGAGCACUGAUUAAAGAAAAACUAACUGCAGAUCCUGAUAGUGAGAUUGCCACAACCAGUCUGCGAGUGUCUCUGAUGUGUCCUCUGGGAAAAAUGAGACUGAUGAUCCCAUGCCGGGCUGCUACUUGCACACACCUGCAAUGUUUUGAUGCUGCUCUUUAUCUUCAAAUGAAUGAAAAGAAGCCUACCUGGAUCUGCCCUGUGUGUGACAAAAAGGCAACAUAUGAGAGCCUCAUAUUAGAUGGGCUUUUCAUGGAAAUCCUUGAUGAAUGUUCAGAUGUGGAUGAGAUCAAAUUCCAAGAAGAUGGCUCCUGGUGCCCUAUGAGGCCAAGGAAAGAACCUGUGAAAGUCUCAAACUUACAGUGCACCAAAACAGACAGUUCCAAUGUUGUUAACAAACAGUGUUCUGUGACAGUGACCAGUGAAGUAAAGAAGAAAGCUGACGUUAUUGAUUUGACUGUAGAAAGCUCUUCUGGUGAAGAGGAUGAUCCUCCUACCAAAAGGAGGGUUCUCAUGUAUCAGCCAUCUGCUGCCAGAAGGCCCAACAUGACAACGGUUGGUGCUGCUGCUAUUCCUCCUUCGUUAACAGACUACCCAGUACCAUUCCAUCACCCACCGGUGUCUGGCAUUUCAUCAGACUUGCCAGGUCUGGAUUUUCUUUCUUUAAUUCCAGUGGAUUCACAGUACUGUCCUCCUAUGUUUUUGGAUAGUCUCACCUCAACCUUAACAAGCAGCACCCCUGGCAGCAUCAUCACAUCAACCAGUCACCACGAGAGCAGCACGCAUGUUAGCUCCUCCAGCAGAGGCGAGGACGGAGUGAUAACCAGCAGCAGAGGCAGCGCUCCCGACAUCAUCUCACUGGAUUGAAGCAUGGGUCUGUGGGAGAAUGGCAUAGAAGCUGCUGCGUCUAUCUCUGGAACUCCUAGCAUCUCAGAAGUUAUUCUGAUAUUUAUUGAAAGGAUUUGCCUUCUGGAAAAUGGAGUAGAUUUAUCUACGCUAGGAAGGUUGUUUGGGGGUUUUUUUGUUGUUGUUUUUGCUAUUCAUUAAAUAGUUGGUACAGAAGAGUUCUGUUCAGAACGUGCAUUUAUGCUCUUUGCUUGUUCUGGAAAAAAAUGACUUCUUGUUCCCAAGUGGAGUCUACAAAUGUUUAGUUUUGUUGUAAUACACAGCAAUAAUGUAAAGACAAACUUUUUUUAUAAAAAAGGCACUUAACCACUCUAGAACAGCAACCUGGAUAAAGAUGUGGAGGUGUGUGUGUUGUUGAAUUUAGUAUUUUCACUGGGACCUAUAAAAAACUUCAUUUAAAACAAUGAAGCUUUAAAGUAGGCAUGACGUGUGGUGUACGUCCCUUGCUCCCCCCAUCCCAGUUACCCAGGGAUGAAGGGGAAGCCUCUGUAAAUGAGACUGGGUUUUUUUCUUCUUCUAAUCUCAUGUUUUUCACAAAUGCAACAAAAUCCUAAACUGUGACUUCUUCCUCUUAAUGUUCUUUGGGCUGGGGUGGGGAUAAACAAUCUAUGCAAACCCUGCAUUACACAAUCUGUGUGCUGUCAUGUCAGAAGGAGGUUACCUCCCCACCACCAAAAACUCCCAACUAUGCACAGUUGAGCUGUAGUUGCAUUUCUGAUUUGUUAACUUUAAUAGGUGAUAGAAAAAAAGCAUUCAGAUUAUAAAGUCCUUGGUGGCCCUCUUUGGAACUGCCACCCCUCACCAGAUGGCGAAGUGCAUGCUUCCUAUGGCAGCUAUAAGGAGAAAGAAUAGGAGUUACUUUCUCCAGGAUUAUUUUCUGGUAUCUCUUGCUCCUGGCUUCUGUCACCUCAGUAACUGCUGUAUUCUGUUUGAAAAUACCACACUCCAACUUGCAACAGGGGAAGCUCGGCUUUUUGGAAGAUAAAAGCUGUAGCUGCAGUAGUGUUCCCACCUAACUGGAAGGAGGUGUUUAGGGCUUAACAGUGGUUUGUCCCACAUCACAGUAGCCUCUUAACUGUGGCUUUUCUAAUUCGCUGGAGUAGCUUUUUCCUGUUCUACUCCUCUGCAUUUGCUGCUUUGUUGUGUGUAUGCAGCAUCUCCCCACAUAUCUCUUAAGGGUAACCUCAGCAGUACUGUAUAUGGAAGAGGUUACAGACAAGGAAAAUCAUUGCCAUAGAGUUGGAACAAUGCUGUUGUCUAUAUAUGUUGACCUAGCAGGUUUUCCAAGUGUUGUGUUUCUGUUGAGUAACUGUAUUUGAGAUUAUUCCUUCCCUAAUUACCAGCUUUCACUUUUACUAAUUUUGUGUUCCUUUUUUUCUUAUUUCUUCAGUCAGCUGUCUGGUGCUUUUUCCCUUCCAUUACUGUUACAGUAUUUGAACAAAGCACCUGGAUAAGAAAUGCUGAAGCAGGAUGUAUCAACCUGUGUCUGCCCUGUACUGCCACCUUUAAUGCAGCAUUAAUAUUCCUCGUUGCCUUUUUUCUUAUGAUCUUUCAUAGCAGUUUUCAAGUUACGUGUUGGUCUUGGUAUUGCAUCCAGUUUUUCCUCUCCUUUCCUUGUUGAAUUUUUUGUACCUGUUAAAGAUCAGUUUCUAGCAUGUUGAAUUUUUUUCCUAACGGCCUGCAGCAGAUCUGUGCUUUCUGCCUCAUAAUUGCACAGUGACUUGAACCAUAAGUAGGUUGUGGAGAGAGGUUCCAGAGUAAUUCUGAAUAAAGUGUUUAAAACUGUUA